AUGGAGUUCCGCGUCUACUACUCUAAUAAAGAUACAACAUCACCAAUAGUCCGUACUGAAGAUGGAGGGAAAGCCAAAAACGCAAUAGGUCAUGGAAUUCCAAGUUGCUUUCUGGACAAGGUGCGUGAAGCUGCAAUACAAAUCAUACAAUUCUUUGAACUUCCAGUGGUAGAGAAGCAAAAAUACUACAGAGAAAUUUCUGGUGGCCGUGAAGGAUAUGGGGAUGAUGUCAUUAUCUCAGGGAAGCAAGUUCUGGAUUGGUCCUACCGCCUGAUUCUUCAAAAGGUCGUGCUACUUGUGCAUGAAUAUGCAACAAAGUGCAAGCAAGAUUCAACUUUUAUUCCGCGGUGUUCAAAAGCUGAUCAGGUUCUUGGUGUGACGGCACACAUAGACAGGUCAGGAAUAAGAGUUCUGUUGCAGGACAAAGAAGUAGAGGGUCUUCAAGUUUUGGUGGAUGGUAAAUGGGUUACAGUCCCCACAUUGUGCCACAGGCCAUUGUUGUUAAUCUUAGUGAUCAAGUGCAGGGUGAUGAAGCUAGCUGUGACCUUGCUUAAUGAACCAGAUCCUGAUACUGAGAUUAGUCCAGUGGAGAAACUGAUAGAUGAGACAAGGCCAAGGUCAUACAAAAAUGUCAAAAAUUAUGGCAAUAUCAAGUAAUUAUCAACUAUGAAUGCUAUCAGAGAGGAGAAGUAGCACUUGAAACA